UUCCUCAUCAUUCUCUACUCUAAACACAAUUUCAUCUCAAUAGUACUGAAACUAGCUACUUUGUGUUAUUGUAAAAUGGGUACCAGAAACAAUGUCAAACUUUUCAUUUUCUUGGGUCUUCUGUUCGCUGUCGUUUCAUUAAUCUCUUCUGAGGUUUCAGCAGCCAAGGAUUUGGCCGAGAAAACAACAGAAGAUGAGUCAAGAAAGAAAUAUGGUCUAAAAGAUGCCCAGUACGGAGGAUCUAAUGGUAGAGGUGGUUACCAAGGUGGCAAUGGAGGUGGUUACCAAGGUGGCAAUGGUGGUGGAUACCAAGGUGGAAAUGGAGGCAAUGGAGGUGGGUACCAAGGUGGAAAUGGAGGCGGAUACAAAGGUGGCAAUGGAGGCAAUGGAGGUGGAUACCAAGGGGGCAACGGAGGUGGGUACAAAGGUGGCAAUGGAGGUGGGUACCAAGGUGGCAAUGGAGGGGGAUACAAAGGCGGCAAUGGAGGCAACGGAGGGUACCAAGGUGGCAACGGAGGUGGAUACAAAGGUGGCAACGGAGGGUACCAAGGUGGCAACGGAGGUGGAUACAAAGGUGGCAACGGAGGGCACCAAGGUGGCAAUGGAGGUGGAUACAAAGGUGGAAAUGGAGGUGGGUACCAAGGUGGCAACGGGCGUGGUGGAAGAGGUGGAGGUGGUGGCGGUAAAGGAGGCCGUGGGUGCCCACAUGGUUGUUGAGACCGUGGAGGAUACUACCGUGAUUGUGAUGGUUGUUGCUAAUCUUCUGCUCAAGUCGAAGCCUUCACUUUUCAAACUACGACUACAAUUAGUAGUACCACUACCAAUAAUCUCAUGCCUUAGAGAUAAAGCUCGUGUAUCUGGAUGAAUAUGCUGUAUUAUUACUUUCAUAUAUCUUCGAAGAAGCUACUUCGAAAAUAAUCGCUCGACUUGAAUUAGAAUUCAUACGAAUGAAAUAAGAUAUUUUAUGCCCAAAGUUAUCAA